AGCAGUUGGUCUGUUGGACUUUUCAGCAGGUCAGGCAAGAGACAUCAUAACAAGAGUCAUGUGCCUCCGUUUCUGCCUUUGUGUCCUGCUCAUCACCGUUAUUAUACCCAAUUUGUGCCAGGCAUUGGAGGUGUCAGAUGUUGGGAUAAGGCUUUGUGGAAGAGAUUUCAUUAGGACAGUUGUCAUGUCAUGUGGAGGUUCCCGGUGGAAGAGAUACUCACCUGAGCCUGGACAAGAAAGACUCAACCCUUACCGUGAUUCUCUGGACUGGUUGAAUAGAGAUUCCAUGGAGGACCCUGAAUAUCUGAAUUCCCUUUUUGGAGAAACCCAUAGAGCACCUAAUCCUCCCUAUUCCUCCUUACAGAAAAAUGAUCCAACUAUGGAACAGUUACAAGGGGCACUGUAUGAUCCUAUAGCAAGUGAAGACCAGCAAGGUGUCGGUCUACGGAUGAAGAGAAGUACAGGGCCAGCUUUAUCCUGCUGUCAGAGAGGCUGCACCAAGACUGAACUUAUGAAGUUCUGUUAAUGUGGCUUUCAUACAUACAAUAUAUUCAUGCUGAGCACUAUUACUGAGCAUAAAGCACUUUCUGAUGAUAUUGUAUACUUAAAGGGGUUCUCCAGGCUUUUAAUAUUGAUGACCUCUCCUCAGGAUAGGUCAUCAAUAUUAAAAGCCCGGACAACCUCUUUAAUUCAAACCUGCUACUCUGUUCACUCCUGAUGUAAAGUAUCUAGUCCAUGGGAGUUCUCCAAUGCCCCGUAAAGUUCCUCAGUGUCACCUAAAUGCUAAGAUGAGACUACAGAAAACAUUACUUACUGUAUAUUCACACAUAGCAGAUUUGUUGUAGAACAUAAGCGACUGCACCAUUUAUCUUCAAGAGUGCUUGCAGAAAUCCAAGCAAAUAUGGCAGACACAAUCACACUAAGGCCUCAUGCACACGGCCGUUGCUUCCCGCAUCCGUUGCACCGU